GAUAACAAAUGUUGGCAGCAGCCCUUGUUCUACUACUCACCUACUUUGCCUAUUUGAUUUUCCGGCAAAAAGAUGAUAUUCUGCAGUUUUUGCAUGUUCGGAAGAUUUGUACGCGAGAAUUCAAAAAGUUGAGGGGUCCCCCGGCGGUUCUGAUUUUCGGAACACUUUGGUAUUUCAAAAAGGAUCCUGUUGAAAUGGUAUACCAAGCCCAGGCAUGGUUCAGCGAGUACACACUGGCUCCGGAUAACUGUGGUGUGUUGAAGUUAUGGUUGGGACCAAUACCAGCUGUCAACAUUGCGAGAGGGGAGAUUGCAAAGAUAGUCCUUGAUAGCUCCGUGAACAUUUCAAAAUCAAGCCAAUAUAAUAAGCUCAAGGAAUGGAUUGGAGAUGGUCUUUUAAUCAGCACCGGCGACAAAUGGAGGUCACGCCGGAAAAUGUUAACCCAAACGUUUCAUUUCGCCGUGCUCAAAGAGUAUCAAAAGAUUUUCGGUGCUCAGGGAAAAAUUCUCGUCGAGGUGCUCCAGCUGCGAGCGAACAACAAGUUUUCGUUCGACAUCAUGCCUUAUAUAAAGCGAUGCGCUUUGGAUAUUAUUUGUGAAACUGCAAUGGGCUGUUCAAUUUCUAGUCAGCGAGGUGCAAACGACGAGUAUGUGAAUUCAGUUCGAAGGCUGAGUGAGAUCGUUUGGAAUUAUGAAAAAGCUCCCCAAUUCUGGCUGAAGCCUAUUUGGUAUCUAUUUGGAGAUGGCUUCGAGUUCAAUCGCCACGUAAAAUUGACAACUGACUUUACUCGGGAUGUAAUUGAAAAUCGAAAAAAAGAACUCAAAACUCACAACUCUGAGCAAAAUGAAACCAAGAAACUUGCAUUCCUGGAUUAUCUCCUAAAAUCCCAAGAAGAGCAUCCGGAUAUUCUGACGGAUGAGGGAAUUCGUGAGGAAGUCGACACGUUUAUGUUCGAAGGUCAUGACACAACUUCGUCCGGGAUAACAUUUGCCGUCUGGUUUUUGGGACAAUUUCCAGAAUAUCAGCAGAGAGUUCAUGACGAGCUGGAUGAGAUCUUUGGCGAGGAUUUCGAGCGGAUUCCGAAUUCUGAGGAUAUUCAGAAAAUGGUUUAUUUGGAGCAGUGUAUUAAGGAAACGCUGCGAAUGACGCCGCCGGUACCAUUUGUGUCGAGGAAAUUGACGGAGGAUGUUAAAAUUCCUCACGCCACAAAACCUGACCUUCUACUGCCAGCCGGAAUAAACUGUAUGAUCAACAUUAUCACAAUUAUGAAGGACGCCCGAUAUUUCGAAAGACCCUAUGAGUUCUUCCCGGAGCAUUUCUCCCCAGAGAGAGUCGCCGCACGAGAACCAUUCGCAUUCGUCCCAUUCUCGGCGGGACCCCGAAAUUGCAUCGGACAAAAAUUCGCGUUACUCGAAGAGAAAGUCUUGCUCUCCUGGAUUUUCCGCAACUUUACCGUCACCUCAAUGACAAAAUUUCCCGAAGAAAUGCCAAUUCCCGAGCUAAUUUUGAAGCCGCAGUUUGGGACACAGGUUCUGUUAAGAAAUCGAAGAAAAUUGUGAUAACAUUUGAUAAAUUUAUUUGUUAUUUGUGUAUCUGUGUAUAUCUGGACUGAGAAAACCUGAAGAAACAAUUUUGUCGUAGAGGCCUA